AUGGCGUUCCGCCAAGUUCAGUGUUCGAUCCGGGAGUACCAUGCCAAGGAUAAAGACGCCGUCAUCUUACUCUUUCACAAUGGGAUUCUGGAACAUGUCUACCCAGCUUUUUUCAAGGCCAUGAGCCUCCCGGAUGAAAUCGGUAUGACUCUAAGCAUUUCCAUGGCAGGCUACGUGCUGGGCGGAAGCUCCAAUUUCAUGCCAUUGCUCUUUGGAGGAGCAUGGGCUGGUCUUAUCUACUACUGCUGCUAUGAAAUAUAUGAAAGCUACAGGCUGAGAAGGAUGACCACAAACAUGGCCGACAUCCAGGCCAGCUUCCUGGACAACUCAGACAACAGCUUCUGGGUGGCGGAGGCAGAGGUAAACGGCAAGUCCAAGGUGGCUGGGGUGGUGGUGGUGGUGGUGGUGGGGAGGAGGAGAGGGCCAUUUGGCCUUGGCACCCAACUGGCUCAGAAGGUUAUGGAGUUCUGCAAGGACCGUGGCUUCUUUCGUGUUGUACUGGAGACCAGUUCGCAGCAGACAGUAGCCUACGCUCUCUUCAGCAAACUAGGCUUCAUGCAAACCUCCUGCCACAGUUACACCCAUGCUAACAGCUGGUUCUCCAAGAUGGCCAACGUCCAAGUGAUGCGUAGGGAGAAGUACAUCUAA